AUGGGUUUGCCUUCUUCUCAAAAGUCAUAUAUUCUUUUGCUCCUCCUCUCUUUUCUCAAUGUCUCCACCAUUUACUCACGGAAGCAAUCAAAAGAAGACGUGCUUUUUGGCGGGAACUUUCCGGCUAUUUAUGUUAUUGGAGAUUCAUUGGUCGAUCCAGGAAACAAUAACCAUCUUCCGACGUUGAUCAAAGCGAAUUAUCCACCUUACGGUUCUGACUUUGAAGGAGGCAUAGCUACCGGACGUUUUAGCAAUGGCAAAACAAUUGCUGACUACAUUGCUAUUUAUUAUAAGCUUCCUUUGGUUCCUGCUAUUUUGGGAUUAUCUGACAGCCGGAAAGACAUUAUCUCAACUGGUUUUAAUUAUGCUUCUGCUGGCUGUGGGAUUCUUCAUUUCACAGGAAAGAUUGCGGGAAGAUGUCUCUCGUUGAGAACCCAAGUUGAUAUGUUCGACGAGACCAUCGAAAAUAAUCUGAAGACGAAUUUUAAAGCGCCAUUUGCGCUGAGAGAACACUUGGAGCAAUCUUUGUUCUUGAUCGUGAUUGGGGUUAACGACUAUGCAAACUUCUAUACUAGGUUAACCGAUGCAAAUGAUUUCGCGGACAAGCUUCUACAUAAGUUCUUGGAACAAAUAGAGAAAUUGCAUGAAUUAGGAGCAAGAAAGUUCUUCGUCAACAACAUUAAACCAUUAGGAUGUUACCCGAAUAUGAUAGCAAAGACCUUCAUGUUGGGGUUAAGAGGACCGUCAAAAAACCAAGUUAGUUCGAAUCUAUUGAACACGACAGGCCCGUGUUGUCCUUUAGAUUACGAUGGAAGUUUAACCUCAAGUUGCAAGCGCAGUUCGGUUUCGUGUAAGGCACCAGACACUACUCAUAUUUUCUUUGAUCCGCGUCAUCCGACUCAGUUGGCGAAUCUCAUGUACUCCAUUGCGUGUUUCGACGAGAGAACUAUUUGCCAUGUGGUGUGAU